AAAUUUAAAUACUAAUGUAGAGUAAGAAAUCUACAAAUUGUACUAGAUUUCACUUUGGUAGUUUUUCCAACAUAAUUAGUCAUACAAUUUCAAAUUCUACAGUAAAGCUCGGACAUAAUUUUUAGUAUCUUCUGUUAGGAUGCCAAGAGAAGAAAGGCAGUUAAUGAAUUGUAUUGUUGUUCUGUUAUACCUUCUUUUUGUACAAUCAGCUAGUCGUUCGUUCCUCUCAAUCCUUCUCUAUUGUAUAACGUGGUAAACAUCAUAUAAGACCAUGGAAUCAAGAGUUUCCAAUCUGAAAACCAAGUUCGAUGGAUUCAAGACUUCUCGGGCCAAAUUUCGGAAUGAAUUCAGGACUACCCAGGAUUUAAUUCUUCUUCAAUUGUAGUUGCUUAUGGCGAAAUAUAGUGGUGAAUCUUCUACAGCUGCACCGGUGCAUCAGCCAUUCAUCAAGAUGACAUCUCCCAUCUCCCUUGUGAAAUUGAAUCAAGUCAUUCUCAAGCUUCAAUCCUUCCACGAGGAAAAGAUUCAGGCCCGAGAGAAAGCAGACGAGUUCUUCUCUCAGUUUCGUCAGAGAUACAAGCCUAAGAGCUGUCCUUAUUUGCGACCCACAUUGAAGAAAUUCAAGAAGGUUCGCAACAAAUACCACAACGACAAGCAACGCGAAGCCUCUUACCAAUUCUUGGCUUUCAAUCAUUACUACCAGCAACAAGGCUACUUCUUGAUUCUACUUGCAUUCUGGGUUUUGCAUUCCUUGUAUCUAAUGUGCAAAAGUCGAAUUUCACAGAUCAUGGAUUUUCAGAUCCGUUUCGACAUGGGUUUCAUUCUUGUUGCGAAACAGAUGUUAAUUCUAGCAGAAGUAGUUGGCGUUCGCUUGGGCCACAACAUGUUCGACGAAUUGCCGCACUCAACAAAUACUUCUGUUCUUUAAUUUGGCUAUCAUAUGCCGAUUUCUGACUCGAGGGGUACACUUAUUACUGGGCAUUUUACUUCCAAAUUUCAGGUCAAAGAUGCUUACAAUUCUACAUUUCUUGUUUGUAAUGGUGAAUUUUUUCAAAAUGGUACCACGAAUCCUCGGGACAAAAUUGAACUGGUUGUUCAUAAUUUUGUGAUAAAAAAAAUGAUGAAUCCAAGAUAAUGGUAGUGGGUUUUGUGGGUUCC